CGCCGCGGUCGACGAGAUGUCGCCCAUCCUCCCGGUUUUCUUACUCAUCGCAUCGCUCUCCACGGCGUACGCGACGUGCGACCCCGCGGCGCUGUACGAUCCCACGUACGCGGCGGACGCCGCGGGCAAGGGUGGCGUCGAGGUCUCCAGGUGGCUGCAUCUCAGGACGAGCGCCUUCCACGAGCCGGUAUCCUACACAGCCGCGUGGAACGCGCUCGAGGCGUCCAUCGACAGCCAUAACGCCUCUCACGUGCGGGUCAUCUACGGCGGCACCGCGCCCAAGUGCCGCACGGGCGCGUAUUACGGCCUCGAGUGCGCGUGGAACCGCGAGCACCUGUGGCCCCAGAGCUACGGCGUCGGCGAGAGCUCGGGGCUGACCGCGGCGGCGGCGCCGCGAACCGACCUGCACGCGCUGGUCCCCUCGCUCAAGGCGCUCAACUCCGCGCGGAGCAAUCGCGCGUUCGCGCAGAUCACCGACUGGCCGAACGACGACGGAAGGUGCGGGCCAAAGUACGUAGGCUGCGAGACCCCCGCGUGCACAAAGACCACGUGCGGGGUGAAAGGGACGGCGCAGUGGGGAACGGACCCGGGUUUUUGGACCCCUCCGGCGAUGUAUCGCGGGUUCAUCGCGCGCGCGUUGUUCUACAUGGCGGUGCGGUACGACGGGGACGAGCCGAACACGUUCAACCUGACGCUGGGGGAGACGCCCGCGAAAGGGGGCGGGGGCGGACGGGGUUUAGAGAAGGCGCCGUACGUGUUCGGCGCGCUGAGUCACCUGCUGAGGUGGCACGACGACCACCCGGUGGAGGCGUGGGAACGCGCGCGUAACGACGCCGUGUGUGCGGUGCAGGGCAACAGGAACCCGUUCACGGAUAAGCCGGAGCUGGCCGCCGUGGUGUUUGGCGGCGUCGGUACGGCGGCCGAGGCGGACACGAGUGACGCGGGGAAGGGCUUCGAUACGUGGACGUGGUCCCUCGUCACGGGCCUGGCGGUGAUGUGGGCGCUGUACAUCUUCGGGAUGUUCAGGUGGUUCGUGUGAGCGGCAAGUUCAACGUGGCGAGGGGGCGAUGUUGACGGGGCGCGCGUACGGAUGUAGCAUGGAUGUAGCACUAAUCUCUCCAUAGUCUAGUCUAAGUGUUAUAAUCUGCGCGACAUUUC